CGACCGCUUCGAGAGCAGUGUAGAAUUGCUACAACGUCUCUAGUAAAGAAUCUAUAAAAUGUGCUCCUCUGGGUAGUAAAAUAUUUACGACACACGGAUCUUCGGAGGCAGCAACAUAAAAAAGACGUUCCGUUGUACACCUGAGCCUGUCGCCUGCAGCAGCUUCCAUCUUACUCCUGCACAAGGAAUUUGUCUAACCAACCGGAAAACUUAAUAGAAGGUCACCAUGGCGGCUUUCGUCGCAAAGCAAAUGGUCGGGAACAAGCUGAACGCUGUUAAAGGCGCCGUAGGCGGAGAUGAUGAUGGAGACGACAAAGAGAAGGAGGAGGAGGCCGAGAGGGAACGACUCGAAGCCAUCAGAGAAGCCGAAGAAAGGAGAAAGGAAAAACACAGAAAGAUGGAAGAGGAAAGGGAAAAGAUGAGACAAGAAAUAAGAGAUAAGUAUAAUAUCAAGAAAAAAGAAGAAGUUGUAGACCCAUUACAAGAAGAACCUAAUCCUCUAAUGCGUAAGAAGAAAACGCCGGAAGAGUUGGCGCGAGAAGCUGAAGCUGAGGAAGAAGACGAAUUUACAAAAUUGAAGAACACGAUAGAGACACAAGUAAACGAACUGAAGACGCAAAUAGAAAGUAAAUGUGUGAUGCAAUGAACGAAAAAACCGCGGAUUUAAAGACACACCAAGACACGCCAACACCACCACCUUAAUUUAAACACAAAAAAAAUACCAACCCUUUAAGAAAAAAUAACUCAUAAUAAACACACGCGAAAAAAAAA